AUCCGGUGUCGUGGCGUGGAAUCGACUAGCUCGACUCCACGUUUCUUUUCUUUCUACUUCGCACGAUUCUCUGGUCUUUCUCUCCCUUUCCCCGUCGCGAACGGUCCAACGUCGCGCGAGAUCUCCCGUUUAGGAUACACGGAGGUCCAUCGCGCGAAACCUGAUGCACCCGACCGACCGGGGAUUUCCGCGUUCCACGAGUACCGCGCCAGAUCGAGGACGAUCGUCCCGAUUGGAAUCUCUCAUCGAUCAUCCUUGUGAUGUAAUAUGAAAUGUUUCACGUGAGAAUGACAAUCUCGCGUCUUGGGAUUCCAUAUCCGGGGACACUCCCUUUUACCCGAGCGAAAUCGGCAGUGCGUACCUACGUGCCGACGAGCGCCGACAAGUGCCGAUUAAACGCACCGCUAAUGAGCUAGCAAGGCCGAAAAUUAGAUCAUGAGUUCCGAAGAUACAACAACUGAUACAACUGACAAUGCGGCGGCGGCAGCUGAUUCCUUUGGAGUAGCUGCACAUACAAAUUGGGUCCAAUUUGAGGAGGAGACAGAUUCGAAAGAAGCUACCAAUAUCGAAAGAAAAGCCGGCAACAGUAGCGCGCCCGCCGUAAUAAAGCCCGAGUCGGUUACUGUACAGGUCGACAAAAUCGGCAAAAGUAUUGACUCACCUGAUAUUAAUAAUAAGAAAACCAAUGAGUAUAGAGGUGCUGUGAUAGCAACCGAAUCCGUCCAGAUUAACUUAGAUAGAUCAGGUUUAAGUCGUUCUAUCACGUCCGAGACUCCGGAUCUUAAAUUACCAUCUGACGUUCGAGCGUCAGAAAUCAAGAGCGCUUCUUUGAAGACCAUCGACCUGAGGGAUGUGUCCAAUGGAAGAAAUGCACCGAGUAACGUUAUCAAUACGUCGAUUGGAAACAUUAGGCAGGGUUUUGCCAAUGGCGAUACCAUAGUUACUCUUCUGCCGGUAAAUACUAAGUGGCCGUGGAUUACUCCGGCCAGAUUCAGACCGGAAUUGGUGCCGGAGGAAUUGAUGGCACAAGGAUUAACCCUUACAGUGGAAGAUUAUGUUCACAUAAUGGAAUUACUUGUGAACGAUGUACGCUUCAAUAUGUAUAACAUAUGCUACAAGAGGAUUCUCGUCCUUUGGAUAUUCACCGCCUUCGUUGUGCUGCUUGGUUUAUUGUUCUCCGGUGUGACUGGCCUUACUUUAUUCGGACUGGGUGUUAUGUGGUUAAUCCUGAACGCAGCUGCAAUAUUUUUCUGCAUGUUUAUCAAAAUAAAGCUCAAUCACAACCUUGAGAAAUGUAUGGCUCAAGUUAAUAAACAUUUAUUAAGACAUAAAAUAUUACUGGGAUUAGAUGAUAGAGGGAAAAUCUCCUGCCACAAAGUUAAUCUGUGUUUCAUAUACUUUGACACUACGGAUUGCGUUAAAAAGCUGCAAGAAGUAAUAGAACGGGAAGAACGCGAAGGUAGAAUAAUUGGUGGCGAUGAUGCAAACGAUAUAAAUCGACAACGAGAAUUACAGCAACGUAUGGACAUUGACGACAGUGACAUUGUUAUACAAGGCAGCACCACUACAAGAAUCUCUCGUAAACAGGAACGGGCGGAGUUGCUGUUGCUGAGGUAUACGUCUCGAUGGGCACGUCACUUCGUGCGUCGCAGACUUGAUCUGGUUAUAGACUCGCAGGAACGUAAUAGAGGUAUUAUGGGUCUGUCUGUUCCACCGCGCCAUUGUGUCUCCGCCCGUUGCCCUUGUCAAUUCAUUGAGGACCAUCUCAAACACAAGCCGAGAGCCGGACGGAAGAUGAUGAAUCUCAAUAUAUUACCUCAUCCGCAUAUCAUCAGCACGUAAUAAUAAUUUCUAAUAUUAUGGUAUCCACCAGGAUUUACGUGGUGUGCCUACCUUAGUGAACCUGUGACCCGAUUUGACAUGGUACCAAGUUUUUCCCAUUAAAUAUAGUUUCUGUCUUUACAGAUCGUGUUGAUACAAUAUCGUUCGAAUUUAUACAUAUAUAGACAGAUGAGCUAUAUAUCAAAAUAAGAUAUACCGUUACAUGUACAAAGAAAGCUAUUUACACGUUAAUUUAAUUAUAUAUCUUUUUAUUCGCGCAUUUGUUUAGAAUAGUUACUUAAGCGAAAAUUAUCUGU